CGGGCUCCGGGAAGAGCGACCCCCGCUCCUUGCUCGGGCUGGUCCGGGAUGGCCGGGCCGGGGGCCUCGCCUCACCUCUGGGGGUGGCUGCUGCUGGGCGGCUGUCUCCUCGCCAGAGCCCAGCUGGAUUCUGAUGGCACCGUGACUAUAGAGGAGCAGAUAGUCCUUGUGCUGAAAGCUAAAGUGGAGUGUGAACUCAACAUCACAGCCCAGCUGCAGGAAGGAGAAGGAAAUUGUUUCCCAGAAUGGGAUGGACUCAUUUGUUGGCCUAGAGGAACAGUGGGCAAAAUAUCGGCUGUCCCAUGCCCUCCUUAUAUUUAUGACUUCAAUCAUAAAGGAGUUGCUUUCCGACACUGUAACCCGAAUGGAACAUGGGAUUUUAUGCACAGUUUAAAUAAAACAUGGUCUAAUUAUUCAGACUGCCUUCGCUUUCUGCAGCCAGAUAUCAGCAUAGGAAAGCAAGAAUUCUUUGAGCGCCUCUAUGUCAUGUACACUACUGGAUACUCCGUCUCCUUUGGGUCCCUGGCUGUGGCUAUUCUCAUCAUUGGUUACUUCAGACGAUUGCAUUGUACGAGGAACUAUAUCCACAUGCACUUAUUUGUGUCUUUCAUGCUGAGAGCUGCGAGCAUCUUUGUCAAGGACAGAGUGGUCCAUGCUCACAUAGGAGUAAAGGAACUGCAGUCCCUGGUGAUGCAAGAUGACCUACGAAGUUCCAUGGAAGUGCCUUCUGUGGACAAAUCACAAUAUAUUGGGUGCAAGAUUGCUGUUGUGAUGUUUAUUUACUUCUUGGCUACAAACUACUAUUGGAUCUUGGUGGAAGGUCUCUAUCUGCAUAGUUUAAUCUUUGUGGAGUUCUUUUCGGACACCAAGUACCUGUGGGGCUUCACCUUGAUAGGCUGGGGGUUCCCAGUGGCAUUUGUUACAGCCUGGGCUGUGGCACGAGCAACUCUGGCUGAUGCAAGAUGCUGGGAACUUAGUGCUGGAGACAAGUGGAUUUAUCAAGCCCCAAUCUUAGCAGCUAUCGGGCUGAAUUUUAUUCUGUUUCUGAAUACAGUUAGAGUUCUGGCUACCAAAAUUUGGGAGACCAAUGCAGUAGGGCAUGAUACAAGAAAACAAUACAGGAAACUCGCCAAAUCGACGAUGGUGCUGGUGCUGGUCUUCGGGGUGCAUUACAUCGUGUUCGUGUGCCUGCCCCACUCCUUCGCCGGGCUCGGGUGGGAGAUCCGGAUGCACUGUGAGCUCUUUUUCAACUCCUUUCAGGGUUUCUUUGUGUCUAUCAUCUACUGCUACUGCAAUGGAGAGGUUCAGUCUGAGGUGAAGAAGCUGUGGAGUCGGUGGAAUCUCUCCGUGGACUGGAAAAGGACGCCCCCAUGCGGCGGCCACAGAUGCGGCUCUGUGCUCACCACCGUGACUCACAGCACCAGCAGCCAGUCGCAGGUGGCGGCCAGCACGCGCAUGGUGCUCAUCUCCGGCAAAGCCGCCAAGACGGCCGGCCGGCAGCCCGACAGCCACGUGACUUUACCCGGCUAUGUCUGGAGUAACUCGGAGCAGGACUGCCUGCCGCACUUGAUCCACGAGGAGACCAAGGAAAGUAACGGGAGGCAGGGAGAUGAGAUAACAACGGAGGAGUCCUCCAGGCAACUAGAAUUUCACCCAGACCAUGAAGGGAGGAAAGGAGAAACUGAGGAUGCUCUGUGAAUGGAGAGCCGUGUCUUUGAAGAACUGGUCCAUCGGGUAGUGUCGGAGGAGCUUGGUCGGCAUUCUUCUGCUUGAGCCCCAGAGCUGAACAUUCAGGGUUGAAGUGUUCACAGAAGUUUUCAGGCUCCAUGAAUUGGCUCCUGUAAAUACUAACGCCACAAAAGAAGUGUCAGUGGAGUCGUUUAUUACCUUAUUUUGGCAUUAAAUUUUCUUCUGAAUUGAUGUGUGGUGCUUGCUCUGUGAUUGCUCAUUUUUCUGCUACUUUUGGGUAGAAAACGUUACAGCUGCUUAGCUCCAGUUUUCUCUCAUAAUAUUACUCUAAAUAUGACAGAGAUCAGUUAGUAUGUGUCAUUUUCCUUUUGACAAAUUACUACUCUUUCUCUUUCUCACUUUAAAGUACGUCUAUCAUUGCAUUCCUUUUGCCUGUACAUCAGAGUAAUGACGGUCUGAAAAUGUACAUGGAAAGAUUAAAGAUCUCGGAAGAAGUACACACUGGAAAAUAACUUGGCUAGACUUUCAUAAACUAAUAAAUCUGUGAGGACCUUGCUUCUAAGAAAAUUACUCAAAAAAUAAUACUGUACAUAUUCCUCGUUUUGAAUGUCCCCUCUGUGACCAGCCAAAUCUCGAGCCUUUGCUCUUUUGUAAACCUUGAUGUGUUAUGAGGUUUUCUUAAUCAGUGAGCUUGUGUCUGCAAACUGAUUUUGUUUAUAAUCAUUUAUAUUGAGAGCAAAUCACACUGCAUCUGUGCCUUUUUCUUCUUUGUUCUGUUGCUGUAUUCCAAAUGGCAUGUGGGAUAAAUUAAAAAUUCAUUUCAAAAACACAUUUUGGGCCACUUUUUAAAAUUUACUCUUAGUAUCUAACUUUUGUUUUUGAAAAUCAACCAAAUAGCCCUUCUCCGAAUCUACAAAGAUCAGCGUGUAGCUCUGGAACUCUGCUGAACUUGAAAUUUCAGUAUGUUGUGGUAGUGAAACAGGGUUGAAUGCAUGUUAGGUACCCAGCAUCCUGCUGGGUUUCUACAAGCAUUAACUCAUUUACUCCUCAGCACAGACUUAUGGAGUAAGUCUUACCAAUGUCCCUUUUUACAGAUGACAGCGUGACUCACAGAAGUGGAGUAACUUGCCCAAAGUCGCACAGCUAGUCACUGAGAGAACGUGGUUUCAGACACAGACCUUCAGACUUCAAGUCCCAGGUUCUUAACCAUUAUGCUAUACCGUUGUCAAUAUAUAUAUAUGUAUAUAUAUAUAUAUAUAUGUCGUUCAUUCACCCAACAAUUCAAUGAAUUCCUUCUGGGGAGAGAGUGCUUUAGGAACUCUUACUGUAAUAUUGUCUAACCUCUGACCCUCAUGAAGUUUCCACUCUAAUGAGGGAGCCAAAUACAGACAGGAAAUGAAAACAUCAUGCAGUGUGUUUUUCGGUGAAAUGACACAGGUCAAUCUGAUCCACCUCAUUUUGAGGAAUGAUUUAAAUAUGCAACUAGUAUCAUGAUGAAAAAGGUACUCUGAUGUCUGCACACCCUCUUGAAAAAUAUUGCGCUUUCUUCCCAUGUUCAUUCUUUCCUUCCUCCUCUGUAACGUACAGAGGUCAUUUCCUUCCCAUCCUGUUUACGAAGCUGCCAUUGUGCAUACUUAAUUCAUUUGAUUCAAUGCUAUCCCGUCACAUACUAAUACUGCCUCCCUAUUAGGAGAACCAUCAUGGGCUGAGCCAGUGAUUAAGUUCAGUUUCAUUGUUAAUGCUGUGCAGGGCUUUACAAGUCAUUUACCUUCCUUUGUAGCUCAAGUCCUCUAUCUUCAAAAUGAAGAUCAUAUCUGCCUGCCUUAGAGAAAUGCUCUGAUGAUAAGAGAAAUCACAUAUUGAAAACACUUGGUAAAAUAAAAAUCCCAUACAAAUACUUGGUUUAGGUUGUCAUUACAUUAUUGUUCAAGUUAAAUGUCAUUUUACCCCAUAAUAUUAUAAAAGGCUUCAUUGGUCAUUGCAACAUAAUAAUUAUUAGACUAUACAUAUUUUGGUAAUAUGGAAAACAUGCACGGUUCUUACCUUCUAAGCCACCCCCCAAUUCUAAGGCUAGACCACUAUUUCUUUACAUUAACAAAUAUGA